AUGACUGACCCCAUGAGCGGGCGCGGGACCCCGGGCCCGGGGCCCCGUCCGGGCAGCUCGGAGCGGGUGGCGCUCAAGAAGGAGAUCGGGCUGCUGAGCGCCUGCACCAUCAUCAUCGGAAACAUCAUUGGCUCGGGUAUCUUCAUCUCCCCCAAGGGGGUCCUGGAGCACUCGGGCUCUGUGGGUCUGGCGCUCUUCGUCUGGGUCCUGGGAGGAGGUGUGACAGCGCUGGGGUCCCUCUGCUAUGCAGAGCUGGGGGUCGCCAUCCCCAAGUCUGGAGGGGACUAUGCCUAUGUCACUGAGAUCUUCGGGGGCUUAGCCGGAUUCCUGCUGCUCUGGAGCGCUGUCCUCAUCAUGUACCCUACCAGCCUGGCUGUCAUCUCUAUGACGUUUUCCAACUAUGUGUUGCAGCCUGUAUUCCCCAACUGUAUCCCCCCUGCCACGGCCUCCCGCAUGCUCUCCAUGGCCUGCCUGAUGCUCCUGACCUGGGUGAACAGCUCCAGCGUGCGCUGGGCCACUCGAAUCCAAGACAUUUUCACAGGAGGCAAGCUGCUGGCCCUGUCACUCAUUAUUAGUGUUGGCUUCGUCCAGAUCUUCCAAGGUCAUUUUGAGGAACUGAGGCCCAGCCACGCCUUUGCCUUCUGGAUGACACCUUCCGUGGGGCACCUGGCCCUGGCCUUCCUCCAGGGCUCCUUCGCUUUCAGUGGCUGGAAUUUUCUCAACUAUGUCACUGAGGAGUUGGUUGAUCCUCGAAAAAACCUACCUCGUGCCAUCUUUAUCUCCAUCCCACUGGUGACCUUCGUGUACACCUUCACCAACGUCGCCUACUUCACUGCCAUGUCUCCCCAGGAGCUGCUGUCCUCCAAUGCAGUGGCCGUGGUGAGGGAGGGAGGGCUGUGUUUCUCUGGAGCCCGAGAGGGCCACUUACCCAGCUUGCUGGCCAUGAUUCAUGUCAGACGUUGUACCCCUAUCCCUGCCCUCCUUGUCUGUUGCGGGGCCACGGCAGUCAUCAUGCUUGUGGGAGACACGUACACCCUCAUCAACUACGUGUCCUUCAUCAACUACCUCUGCUACGGCGUCACUGUCCUGGGCCUGCUUGUACUACGUUGGAGGCGCCCUGCACUGCACAGACCCAUCAAGGUGAAUCUCCUCAUCCCCCUGGCGUAUUUGGUGUUCUGGGCCUUCCUGCUGGUCUUCAGCUUCAUCUCAGAGCCCAUGGUCUGUGGUGUCGGCAUCAUCAUCAUCCUCACAGGGGUACCCAUUUUCUUCCUGGGUGUGUUCUGGAGAAGCAAACCAAAGUGUGUGCACAGACUCACAGAGUCCAUGACACGCUGGGGCCAGGAGUUGUGUUUCGUGGUGUACCCCCAAGGCUUGCCAGAGGAGGAGGAAAAUGGCCCCAUGGGUCAGCCCUCCCCACUCCCUGCCACCAACAAACCCUCCAAAACACAAUGA